AUGAGCGCGAAUCCCAGAUACGAAGGCUACAACAAUGAGGGUAGCCGUGAAGCCCAGAUUGCACUUUCUGCGCUUGCGCGCACCCUUCACAUGAACCCGCUAAUACUCAGGAUUGCUCUUUCUAAUGCUUUCGAUCUGCUGGAAACCACCGGUGGCAAUCCCACGCUCGCACUGCACAUAAGCUUCAAUCGGCUGAACUACUGUAUCGACAGCAACACACUGGAUAGGAUCAUCGCAACUUUCCGUGAUGCUGUUGCAUUCAUGCUCAGUGACAAAAAGGGUAAGUGGAACACGAAGCGAUGA